AUGGAUGCUCCUCGUACCUCACGUUUUCUGGACCCGACGUCAGCCGUGGCCGCAAUCACGAAGCACAAAGCAGAGGCCAUUCGGCUAGCACGAGAGCAAGGUGCUGCCGUCCGUGAGAUGUGUCGCCGGGCGAAGACAGAGACGCCCCCGUAUGAGUUCGAAGAGCUCAUUGGUAAGGGCGCCUACGGUCGUGUGUACAAAGGCCACCAGCUUCCGUCUCGAGAAGUCGUUGCUAUCAAGGUUCUUGAUAUCGACUCAUUAGAUUAUAAAUCGGUGCGCGAUUUCAAGGAUGAGUCGAUUAAGGAUUUCAUACAUGAAACGAAGGUGAUGAAGCAGGUCAAGGAUGCUGGGGCGAAGAAUAUCAAUGAAAUCAUAGAGGCGGUGUCUAUUCAUUCACAGCUCUGGUUGGUUUGCGAGUAUUGCCCAGGUGGUAGUGUUAGGACUUUGAUGCGAGCAACUGGUGAUCGACUCGAGGAGAGGUUUGCUAUCCCGGUAGCUCGUGAGCUGGCUGCUGGAUUACGUGCUAUACACGAUGCGGGCAUCAUCCAUAGAGAUAUUAAAGCUGCCAAUGUCCUUAUUCAUGAGGAAGGAAGACUACAAAUAUGUGACUUUGGUGUUGCUGGUGUUCUCCAGUCACAAAUGGAUAAACGAUCGACCUGGAUCGGUACACCCCACUGGAUGCCUCCAGAAAUGUUCACUGCCAAGCAGGAUCAUCAGUACAGUAGCGAGGUUGACGUUUGGGCAUACGGUUGUACACUGUUUGAACUUGCUACAGGAAACCCGCCAAACGCAAAUCUUCGAGAGAGAAUGCAGAUUGGCAGACAGUUGAACAGAAAAACACCACAACUAGCAGAUGGCGGUGAAUACCCUGAGGGUUUGAGAGAUCUAGUAGCAUAUGCUUUGAACUCAGAUCCGGUUACCCGACCAUCAAUGGCGGAUAUUUUAUUACACCCCUAUAUUGCGAAUUCCGAGGAAGAGUACCCAACAUCAUCCCUGAGCGAGCUCGUCCGCAUAUACUACCAAUGGUCCCAGCGCGGGGGCCAACGCAUUUCUCUAUUUCAUCCUGGCGGAGCUGCAGCAGCGGAAGUGCCAGAUGUUGAAUCAGAUAUUGAUGAGGAUUGGAAUUUCAGCACGACGGAUGACUUUGAGAGAAGAUUCUCCGUUAUUGACCUUGAUCAAUUGGCGGCUUCACUAGCUGAGCUAGAGCAGGAGAUCAAGGACACGACCGGUCAGCCACAGCAGGAACCGGCCGACGAGCCGGCAGAGACUGAGAUGACAGAGCAAGACAAAGCCAAUUUUGACGAAAGAGUGCGCCGAGGUGCUGCAGCCAUGGAAGGCCUCUUUGACGAAGAAAAGCCCAGCUACAAAUACGAGACGAAAAACGACUUUGUGCCUAUUGAGCAAAAGGCCCCUGUAUCUGAUCUUCCUCUUCGCACCGACACUGACCGCUCCUCGGUCACAUCGACAUUCAUCGAUAUUGACAUUCCCUCCUUUGAUUCUUCCCACUAUGCCGCUGGCGCCACAACCGCCCAGCCAUUCCAGCUUGCUGAUGCAGAUACCAUUCGCGCUAAUAGAUCUAGCGGACGAAACCGCAGCUUUAACGAAGGCCGGUCACGGUCCUCGAGUAGUGAAGUGCGAAGCAGCGUGGAUAUACAAGAAACUUUUCAACCUCGCACCGGGCCGCGGCCACCCACCAUGGACUGGAAAUUCCCAUCCUUCAUGACGGCUCCCACGGAAGAGCCAGAGUCAGAGUCCGUUUCGGAGGUUGACUCGGGUGCAGAGGCUGGGUCUGAAUCCGAGCCUGAACGUAUUGCGCGCGACUCUCUAACGCAGCCCCUGACAUUCGCCCCGGCCGAAAAACGAGCCACAAUGGAGUGGACGUUCCCUGUGAUGACCACAUCUACAGACGACGACCACGUUAGUCCUCGAAACAGUUCUUCCGCAGAAGAAGACGGGGAGCCCAGCCGCCAUGACACGCUCAAGGCCAGCGAUGCAAGGUUCAGCAGUAUCGGUGAACCGGGCGACAGUGAUAGGGACAUCUCCCGCCCGUCGACAUCUGCAUCGGUUCAGUCAAAUGUUUCUGCAAGCUCAGAUACAGACUACGACCCCUUUCGCUUCGAUCGCCCUCCCUCGCCCCCGGAGGGUAGCCCACAAUCCAAGCAGCAGCAACAGUUCCUAAACAACGAGUACCCCGAACUCCUCACAUCCGUUGGAUACAACCGCUACUCACACUCUUCAAUAAUAGAAGGCCCAGGUCCAGACGAGGAAGAAGACACAACAUCCGUCUGGCAAAAUAACAUCACCACCACUGCGCCCCCUGCAUAUCCCCAAACAUCAACGCCAAUGCAGAUGCAAACGUCCUACUCGGAGCCCUUCCCCACCGCCAUCCCCCACAAAGAUCAACGUAUGCGCGCCUUUCCCGGGAUCGGAGUCGCACCUACAAGCACAGACUCCGAAUCAGGACAUGGAACCAGCUUCGAGCCCCUCCACACAGCACGCUACAACCCUACCACUUUACACAUCCCUUCCUCGAUAGAAGGAAUGUCCCCUAUCAAAUUUCCGGACCUCGUCCCACCACGCCUUGAAGUUCUGAUGGAUGGCGCUGGAGAAGCUGCAACGACUGCGGAGUUGAAUCGGUUGCUGGGGGACUUCCUGGAUGCGCUGUCUGCGACAGGGUCGGCAUUGUCCAGGACCAAGGUCAGUAUUGGUGGCAGUGCGGGAAUGGACCAAAAUGUAUAUACCAUCUGCAUCACCGUUGAUUAUUGUACUCAGGGCCAGACUGAGCGCGUUCCACAAACCGCUUGA